AUACUCUUGACUUUAAAGGCAAAUAGGAGCGACAAUUCUCAACAAUUUGAACCAGUAAUACUUUCUGUUCAACCUUUUCCCCUCGAACCAUCCAUCUUUCCAAAAGCAGGAGAAACCCAGAAGUCCAGGAUGGAUCACCUUCCAUAUUUCUCCAUAGAAACUUGGGCGCUUCUGAGUUUAUUCAUUUGCCUUCUGAUGUUAUAUGGCAUCUGGCCUUAUGGAGUCUUCAGGAAGUUGGGUAUUCCAGGCCCCAUGCCUCUUCCUUUCAUAGGUACCACUUUCUGGCUUCGUCAUGGAAGAACCAAUUUUGAUAUAGCCUGUUUUAAAAAAUAUGGUAAAAUUUGGGGGACUUAUGAGGGACGACAGCCGAUGCUGGCCAUAACGGACCCUGAGCUAAUUAAAAUUAUACUGGUAAAAGAGAGUUAUUCCACAUUCCUGAAUCGUGGGAAUUUUUUUCCACGGGGCCAGUUAAAUACAUCCAUUGUGACAGCAGAAGAUGAGCAGUGGAAGAGAAUUCGCACAGUGCUUUCGCCCACUUUCACCAGUGGAAAGCUAAAAGAGAUGCUUCCCAUCAUUCAGAGCUAUGUGAAAAAUUUAUCAGUGCUUUUGCAGAAGAAAGCUGAUCGAGACGAACUGGUGGACGUUAAACAAAUCUUCGGUGCCUACAGCAUGGAUGUGAUCACAAGCACCUCUUUUGGUAUCAACACGGACUCCAUAAACAAUCCCAAAGACCCCUUUGUCCAACAGGUGCAGAAACUGAUGACAAGUAGCUUACUUUCUCCGCUGUUCCUUUUAUCAUAUGUUGCCCCAUGGUUAAAGCCUCUUCUUGAGAAGAUGAACUUAAAUAUAUUUUCCAACGAAUCCAUGGACUUCUUCACAAGAUCCAUAACAAAAUUGAAAGAGAAGAGGGCCCAGAAGGGUGAAAAGGGAAGGGUGGAUUUCUUGCAACUGAUGAUAGACUCUCAAAACUCCCUGACAAGCCACGAGAUGAAUGGUGUGAAUCACACCUAUAAAGGCUUGACUGACAGUGAAAUUCUGUCUCAAGCAAUUGUCUUCAUUUUUGCUGGCUAUGAGACGGUCAGCAGCGCCCUCAGCUACUUGAUGUAUGAACUGGCCGUUCAUCCUGACAUACAGCAAAAACUUCAGGAGGAGAUUGAACAAGUUCUGCCUAACAAGGCUCCAAUCACCUAUGAGGCCCUUAUGCAAAUAGAAUAUCUGGAUAUGGUCCUUAGCGAAACCCUCCGAAUACAUCCAGGCACCACACGACUUCAAAGAGUGUGCAAGAACACCGUCAAAUUAAAUGGAAUCACCAUUCCCAAAGGGAUGGGUAUUACAAUUCCACCUGUCAUCUUGCACUUUGAUCCAGAAUAUUGGCCCGAACCUGAGCAAUUUAGACCUGAAAGAUUCAGCAAAGAGGUCAAAGAAAAGAUCAACCCUUAUACUUACUUAUCUUUUGGAGCUGGUCCCCGGAACUGCAUUGGGAUGAGAUUUGCUUUCCUUACCAUGAAGGCCGCUGUAGCCAGCCUGAUGCAACGGUUCACUUUCCAGCCCUGCAGAGAAACUCAGAUCCCAUUGGUGUUUUCCACAAAAGGGAUCUUCAGAAGGCCUACAAAACCCAUCAUCUUGAAGAUCAUCCACAGAGUCUAAACCAAGGCAGGGAUUCCCCCCCCUCACCCUUAAUGGAGUUUCUAUGCAACUUUGACAACUUAGGACUACACCUUAGAACUGAGACAACUUAGAACUAUGCCACCUUUGGACUGACCUAAGUGUAUUACAUAAAAUUAUCUGC